AUGUUUGAACACGUAAAGCAUGUCACAGAAAAGCAAAAGGAACGCUUUGAUGGAAGUCACAAAAUGAUAGAUCUGGUUCCAGGAACCACGGUAAUGAUUUUGGUGACAGAAAAACAGAAUAAAUUAGAUCCAAAGUAUAAGGGAUUCUACACUGUUGUUAGAAAGACUGCUGCCAAUACUUAUGUAUUGAAAAAUGAAAAGGGAUUUUUAGAACCAAGGAAUUAUCCUCCUUCUUUAUUGAAAAAAGUUUCUGACAAGGUAUUAGAGCAAAAGAAUGACUUUUUUGAAGUCGAAGCAAUUAUUGGGCACAUAAAAGAUGACAAGAACAAUUUUUUGUAUAGAUGCAAAUGGUUGGAUUAUGAUGAGUCUCACGAUACUUGGGAGCCAGAGGAUCAUUUUACCGAUCCUAAGUUCAUAAAGGAAUACUGGCAAAGAAUUAGUGAAGCUCCAGAAGGUAUCAAAGACAUCAAUAAGGCCAAUAAGAAAUUAUUAAAGGAUAUGAAAGUUGCAUAUUCCACACCUAAAGAAAAUUCAAGUACUAAAAGGAAGAAUUAUGCAAAGACAGCUUAUCAAAAGAAGAAACGCAGUAAGGUCUAA